GUUAGAGUCGUGAUAAAACCAUCGCUGACAGCACCUUGUUUCCGCAAACGAGCUAAACGGGUCUGACGCUUUCACUUUUAUACAGGAACUUCUAAAAUGGCGCACACGCUCAUCGAUCUGCUGGGAACGCCGGGUCCGGGGGACGAGAUUCUUGGCUUCCUCCACGGUGGCGAAGUGGCACGGCUUGCGUGCGUGUCGAAAACCACACGCGAGGCGGUUGCGCGGAAGGACGGAAAGUUGCGCUGUCGCAACUUGCUGCUGCAAUUCGACUGCGAAGGGUCUCCGUAUGACAAGCCAGAAGUGCGGCGCCGCGACCUAGGACACAUUUUCGCGCGAAUGGACACGCAGGGGCUUCAGUCGCUACUGGUGGAAGUGCGGGCGAGGCCCGCGGAUCCGGAUGAGGACCGGUUCCCGCCAAUAAUCAUCGACCCGCUGCUGGGACAUAUCCAGUCGUUACUGGGUCCAGCAUUGCGUGAAUUCGGCCUGAUCUUAAUGUACGUGCAUGAUGAUGAUGAUAGUGAUGAUGAUGAUAGUAACGAUGAUGCACCGGUGCCUGAUCUCUACCACGACUGCGCGGCCCCGGAAAAAGCCACGCUCAAUCAUUUUGCGCGGUCUCUGGUGCUGCUGCCGCGACUAGAAAACGUCUUCUUACCUACGACAUUAGCGCUGCAGCCGAUUUAUUUUCCCCCCGGAGUUUCCGCACGCGUGCCGACCUUGCGGGGAGUGCACCUGAUGAGCGAGCUCAACCUUCUCGACGCCACUCAUGAAUCGCUGCUGUGUAGGAUGCUUGCAAUAACCGAAGAGAACUCCGAGCGGAACACUAGUGAGACCGAGGCGUCGACGACGUCCUCGGCUGAUGGAGGCGGGAUUGGGAUCAGCAACCUCAAGGCUUUCUCCUGUCGGGGGGUCGACUGUAGCAGAAUUCAACAGCUUGAAAACAUGAAGUCCGACGCUGGAGGCGCACUGCUGUGGAAAAAGUUGACCGGGCCUUCCUUGCGAAAGCUAUCGCUGUUCGCUUACAGUAGCAAUGCUUCGAGGCUCUGGUCCGUAGGUUGGAUGUGGGUCUGCUGUCCCCGGCUUGCACAUUUGGAAGUGGAUUUCGUACCCCUGAACUGCGAGUGCGACUACCUGAAACGCUUCCCGAAGCUCGAGUCUCUCUCGCUUCGCGACCUGGAUUACGAUAAGUCCCAGUGUGGCCGUGCAUCGCUGUUGAAACUCCUAACAGAGUUCGACUUUGACGAGCGGCGGCUGGUUUUUAGUUUGGCGAAGUUAUCCGUUUUGGAAAUCGGGGUGCUCUACGGCAGAGCGAGUGUCCGUCCGUCGCCUGCUCCUACACGGAGAAAGAAUACCUACUCGCUCCGGAAGGCGGUUCAGGCUUUUUUCACUUCAGAGGAAAAUAGCAUCGACACAUCUACCUACGUCCUGACGAGUGGCCCGCCACUACUGCCAAUGAUUCCUCACGAAGUUACAAUGGAAGAUUAUUGAAGUACGUCGAUCGAUCAUCUUCUUUGCACGGACCUCCUGUCCGGGAAUCUAAUGUCGCUGUCAUGUUUGCUCUCAUCAGAGUUACGCUUAAAAAAGUAGUCGUGUCCUUCGUGGAUGUUGUGUGUGCUUUCCGAAUGAAUCCAUUGAGCCGAGAUCUUCUGGUACAAGAAGCCACUGCCGAAGUAUUGGCGCGAGUCAGGAGGCCUUCACAUCAUGGGGGCGGUGGAUCCAUGUG